AUGAGUACUUCAACAGGUGCUUUGGAAAAUAUUUUAAAAGAGUUACCCGAAUAUAAACAAUAUGAUGAUCUUUAUAAAGAUGGAAAUAAUGAGGUAAGCGUUGAUUACUGUAGAGACACUGAAACAAAAUGGAAAGAUCAAAAAGUAAAAACUAUUUGUAAUAAUAUUAUAGAUUACUUAAAAAAAUUUAAUAAAAGUAAAAAAAAAGAAAAUGUUAAUUAUGAUGAAUGUUCUUACUUCACUUACUGGAUAUAUGAUAAAAUUAUAAGUGAAUUAGGUACUAAAGGGAAUAAAACUUUUCACCCAGAUGAUAGAACAAAACUUAAUCACGCUAUCCUUUCUGCAUAUAAAAAUAUAGUAAAAAAAGAUUGUUUAUUUUACUUUGAUGAUAAUUUUAAUGUAUGGAAAGAAGAAAAACAUUUGUACUUUUAUUUUAAAAGUUAUGAUCACAUUAAAAAUAAAAAAGGUUCUUCUGGUACAGAAAAAAAAAAGUAUUGUGACUAUCUUGAACAGAUAAAAAAUAUAUACGAACAACAUAUAACGAAUUUCUGUAAAUACUUUUUUCAGAAAGACAGCUACGUGAACAUGUGUUCACAAUAUUUUAAAUGUGAAGAAAAAUAUAACCCAUAUGAUCUCUUAUCCAAAUUAAAAUGUAAACAUAAUAUAUCGAUUGAUUAUUGGAAAAAACUAAUUCAAGAAUUAAUUAUUGAUAGGGACGUUAUAAUGUUAAGUCACCAUUCAUCUGAAAGAACACGUAUAAACUUUUUAGAUGAUCCUUUUUACAAAGCAAUAACAUUUGGAUUCGUUACAAUAGGACUACUUUUCACAUUAUUCUUAUUGUAUAAAACUUAUCACUACAGGAAAAAUAAAAAUAAAGAAAAAUUUUUGGAUCAAAAUGAAUUAUUAGAGAGAUUUUAUUAUGCAAAACACAAAAAGUUAAAUUUAGAAGACAGAAAUAUUUAUUUAUCUUAUUAUUCUAUAUGA